AUGAGUACACCAGCACCAGCAGACCGUUGUGUAUGUUGUGAAGCUCUGCGCAAGAGGCUUCAGGAAGCGCAAAAAGAUCAUAGCACCCAAACAAAGUGUCACAAGAAAAAUCCAGCGGAUGAUCUAAUCUGCCCCAUCACCAGAGAGCUACCUUGUGUCCCUGUCAUUGCCAUGGAUGGUCGAACAUAUGAGGAGGAGGCCAUCAAGACUUACUUCAGCACACAACAUGCAAAGAGUGCUCCAAUCAGAUCUCCCAUCACCAAUGAACCCAUGGGCAAUGCCUUGCUCCGUGCCCCUCAUAUUAAAAGCUUGAUUUCCACAUUAAUUGAGAAUGAUGCCCUUCAAGGUGAUUUGGCAAAGACUUGGCAGGAAAAGGUCCAGGAAGUGAAAGAGAAGGAAGCAUGGCUAGAAAAAGCCCAUGAAGGGUUUGUGCUGGCCAUGCUGAAAGUGGCAGAAGGGUAUUCCAGAGGAGUCCAUGGCUUUGAAAAGGACCGACCCAAGGCGUACCGAUGGUACCAAAAGUCGCAUGAUGCUGGCAGUGUGAAAGGAACAGCUCGUGUUGGGGAAUUUCUUGUGAAAGGCUUGGGUGUUCAGAGAUCGUUUCCACUUGGCAUGAUGUACUUGGGCCAAACUGCAAAGGCGGGAUCUGAUCUUGCUGCAUAUUUGCUUGGACAUGCUUUCGCUGAGGGAAAAUACGGCAUGCCCGUAAAUGAAAGAGAAGCAAUUUUUUGGCUCCAGAAAUGCUUAGGGGCCUGUGCCCACUCACACAUGAAAAGCGUGACAAAGGUGAAAGCAAAAGGUCUGCUGUCCCAACUUCUGGACGAGCAGAACCAUGCUGCAGGGGAAGAAUAG